AUGUCUGGCUCGGAAGAAGCAACUGAUUUAGACUGUCCUAUUUGUCUUUCCCGUUUUAAUGAUCCAAUUAUUCUUAAUUGUGGACGUACAAUGGAUCGAUUAUGUAUACAAAAAUUCAUAAAUCGUAAUCGAACAUUAAAUCCAACAGCACCAAUUCGAUGUCCUGUAUGCACCUGGGAAUUUAAUCCAGAAAAACCUUUGAUAUCAAAUAAAUCUUUAAGUAAAUUUAUAGAAUCUAAACCAAUAUAUGAAUGGUUUUUAAUUGAUAUAUCAUGUGCAAAGGAAGGUAUAAAUGUUUUAAAAUUCCUAAAACUUGUAUUUAUUAAAAGAAAUAUUACUGAAACUAAUCAUAUUACUUUUGAAACUAAUGAUAUAGAAAUUGAAUAUAAUUCUAAUAUAAAUUUUGAUGAAGAAUUACAAAUGAAACCUUUCUUAAAUUUAAAUCAAGCAUUAGAAAAAAUUUCUACUUAUUCACAGCAAAUAAAUGGUAUUAAAAAAAUUUGUAUUCUAUCAGAUGGAUUUACAAAACACACCAAUAUAACAAAGAUGGAUUCCAAUAUAUUUAAUCAACUUUUUCUUAUUCAUGUUGGAGAUAAAUAUGUAGAACGUACGCGUCAACUUGUUAAUGAAACAAAUUUUCAAUUUGGACAUUUUAAUGAAAAAAAACUUGAAAUUUAUGUACAACAUUUUCUUACGAAUUUCACUGAAAGAUUAUAA